UUUGCCAGUUCGACCUGUUUUGAGCCCAAACCUCCCGACAGACCGAGUUUUGAAACAAUAAGAGAAAGAGAGAGAGAGCAAGGACAGGAGGAGUAGCCAACAUGGCGUUCUCGGACGACGGUAACGUCGUAAUCAAGAGCGAACCAUUAUAUCCACCGGAGUCGUUUUCUCAGCCCUCGCCCGAACCUCCUUUGAAACGACGCCGCUCGGAAGAGCCCGAGGAUGCUGGAGAGAAGCGGCAGAGAAUAGAGGUCGGCUCGGAAGCACCGACGACUACUGAUGAAGAUAUGAGCUACAUUUUCGCACGGGCUGCUGCUGCGGCAGCAAAGGAGAUUGAGGAAUCAACGAGUGAUAUCUCUCGGAUCGAUGCUGAAGUGAGCCAAGCGGGGUACAAUGGAUCUGCAGGAUACAGUGAUGGUUCUACAUCGGACCAUUAUCUCUUCACCCAAAUACUCAGUCUCCCGAUGCUGGAUAGCUUGUCUACCCAGAUCCUCGCUACCUUGGGACGAGGGCCUUAUACGGAAACUAUCAGAAUCAUCCAAGAACCCGAGUCCGAGCUGGGACGGUCAUAUGCUACUAUCAAAGCCCUUUUCGACCAGACCAAGAAGAUCUACUCUCAACACACGCCAUUUCUCUCUGCUGAUGAGCUUAACAUCCAAGAACCAACUCAUCGAGCAACGAUCCGUACCGCAAAUCUUGCAACCUUUGUGUCAAGUGUCUUUGGCGGACAAGAUGUGGGAUUCUAUGAACUCAAUGAUCACUUUAUCGAAAUAUUUACUCCUGAUGGCGGGGCGCUGGAGAAGGAACCUGGCCAGAUAUACAUUGAUCUCAAGACACAGAUGUUCCUUUCUGCGGUAUUACAAGAGGAGCAGGAGAAAACUAAAGAGGACCUCCUGGAUGACUUCUUUCCCUCCAAUCUCGAUGAGAUAUUAUCUAAUCGACAUUUUGGCGCAAUGCUAUCACAGAGUGAACUAGAAUUCCUCGAUGCAGCCAAGGCGCGACGGGAAUCUCUCAUGAAUGAGACAAGUGAUGUGGAAUCAAUUCAACUCUUAUCAGAGAGGUAUGACUGGGAGGACUUCCUCCGAAGUCUCAGCGCCUAUCUCAACGCAGCCUAUGAGCCAUUGAUCACACCUUAUUUGAAACGCCACGCCCUUCCACCACCGCCUUCUCCCUCUCAGCACCAGAAUAGCAACUAUAGCCACAAUACCGAGCAAGAUGUGCAGAAGCCAAGCGAGGAUGAUAUCGCCAUACAGGCAGAACUCGCCGCUCAAGAGGCACUUCGAAGCGUUUAUGGCCAUACUCAGUAUGAAAGCCAACCACAUGAGGAUACAGAUCUACAACAACAGCUCCAGCAGCAGCUUCAGCAGCACCAACAGCAAGAUGCACAGCAAUCUCAGCAGCAACAGCAGCAACCGCAGCAGCAACCUCAGCAGCACCAACAGCAAGAUGCACAGCAAUCUCAGCAGCAACAGCAGCAACCGCAGCAACAACCUCAACAGCAGCCACAGCAACUACAACAACUACAGCAGCAGCAGCAGCAACAACAGCCACUCCAGCAACAACACCAACAGCACCAACAGCACCAACAGCCACCACAGCAACCACAGCAACCACAGCAACCACAGCAGCCACAGAGUCAGAACCUCUCUUAUCAAUUACAGUAUAUGGGAGAUCACUCUCCUUAUCCCACACAGAGCGCACCUACACAGGUCUUGUAUGAGCGAGCUCGACAAGCUGCUGUUGCCAAGGCAAAUCCAGGAAAUAAUAGACGACCGGGAUUACCCAGCCAGAGGCGGCCCUGGAGCACAGAAGAGGAACAUGCCCUGAUGGCUGGUCUAGAUCAAGUUAAGGGCCCUCACUGGAGUCAGAUUCUCGCACUCUAUGGUCCGGAUGGUACAGUAAACAAUAUCCUCAAGGACCGAAAUCAAGUACAGUUAAAGGAUAAGGCCAGGAACCUCAAGCUCUUCUUCCUCAAGAGCAAUAUUGAAGUCCCAUAUUACCUACAGUGUGUGACGGGCGAACUCAAAACACGCGCGCCAAGCCAAGCGGCACGGAAAGAAGCUGAAGAACGGGCACGACUUGCUAGUGAUGAGGAACAGGCCCGGUUCAAUGGCAUCAUGGCCCUAGCUGGUGGGAUGCAAGAUCAAAAUCAAAUCAAUGGGCAGCAGCAGCAUCACGAUAUGCGGAUGCAAACUCCAGACGUUCCCCGCGAUCAUUCUCAAGAUCAUCUGAACAGUCCCGAGCAAUUCCACGUCGUUGAGCCGGAGAAUCAAGAACAAAGUCUUCCACCCCCUCAGCUGAGCGAAGAAGAGACACUGCGACAGCAACUUAUGGCUGCCACUGCCGAAAGCCUGCAGAGCAUUGGGGUAAUGCCAUCCAGCGUUGGGCCAACGGCAUUUUGAUCUGCUCUACUACAUUCUUUCCAUCGUAGGAUGAUGAUGUUUCGGAACGAUUCCGUCUGGUGGUUUAACGGUGAGACGGAAGGAUUCAUUAAUACCCAGUAUCAACCAAAUACCCCGGAACCUUACAUAGCUAGCUGUCUAUGUUAAUUAGUAAGGAUUUAUACCCAGAAGAUUCAAACUCAAGAGUG